AAUUAACAAUGGCAGACGACGUGAAACCGGAAGUAAUUAAAAAAACUCAAGAUUUACUUGGAAAAUACUUUAAAAAACCACCGCUGACUGAAAAAUUAUUACGGAAACCUCCAUUCCGAUUUCUUCACGAUAUUGUAUCAGCUGUCAUAAAGGAAACUGGUUUUCUAGACGGUUUGUAUAGUGAGGAAGAAUUAAACUCAGAAAAUAUAAAAAACAAGGAGGCAAAACUUGCUUACUUAACAAAAUUGAUUGACGUCGUCAAACUAGCUACUGGCUUUAAUUUAACUGUAAGAGCUAGUAAGAUAAUCUCAGGUCAAGAACCAUGUAAAACAAAUGAGUUAUUACAAGCAAUUGGGAAAGCUUUAGACAAAAAGAAAAGCAGUGUGGAAGCUAUUGAACAAUAUAAAAAAAGUUUAGAAAAAGGUAAAUCUACUUCAAGAAGUAAGUCAUCUAUAGGAAAAGAUGAAAGAAGAGUAUCAUCAAAAGAGGUAUCUCAAAAAAGGAUUGCAACAGCUAAAGAAAAAUCUACAGAGCAAAAGAAAAGACUUUCUAAUGAAAGUAAUGCAGCAACAAAUGAAGUAGGAACACGUAAAAGUGGAAAGCAAGAAUCUCCAAAAACUACUGAAGUUACACAAAUUUCACAGGUUGAGNNGCCUCAAGAGAAAAUCCCUUCAUCUGCACAUAGAAAGAAAUCUUCAUCUGCUAAACCUAAACAGAGCACAUCCUCUACAUCAUUAUCUGAAACAGUACCCUUUCUGUCAGAUAAGAAAACAGAUGAGAGCAAGAGACAAAAGGAAUCUGAAAACAAAUCAAAGCAUACAGUGUAUGCUGAAAAUAAUGAAACACAAAAUGAAAUACUCAAUACAUCAGAAACUGUAUAUUCAGAAUCUAAACCUACAACAAUUACAAAAGAUAAUAAAAUCAUUGAAAGUACAGAAAAAGCAGAGCACAAGGAAAAUGAGAUAAAAAAUAAUGAAGGUUUCCUACAAAAUACUGAAAAAUCUGAUCAAUCAAUGACAGAAAUCCAAAAAUCUCAAUCAGAAAAUAAUGAUGUUAGUAUUUCACAAUCAAAUCCUAGACCAAAAACUUCUUUACGUCCUCCUACUUCAAGACCAAUUAGUGCCAGACCUGCAGCACCUAGAAUACGAGGAAAAGCAGAACUAAUAGUUAAUGAAGAGAUAUUGUUAUAUUUUUAAAUUACUUUUCCCAUGGGAAAUAUUAGCGUUAUCGUAGAAAAUUCUGAUCUUAAAGAUGAUGAUGCCGAAGAUAUGGUAGUUAUGGAAACUAAAGGUGGCAGCGAUUCUUUAGAAAAUAGUGGUACUUAUAAAGUUGAUGAUCAGUUAACACAAGAACAUGGACAUCUUGUUGCUCAAAUAUUAGAAACACAAAAAGAAUUAGUUAAUAAUGAUAAUGUAGAUGUGAUGCCUAAAAAAACAAACAUUGCAUGGGAUACAAGUUUAAAGCGCGACGUAGUUGCAAAGGAAAUUGACAAACUACGUAAUACGAUACAAACUUUAACUCGUGCAACUAAUCCACUUGGAAAAUUAUUAGACUACUUUCAGGAAGAUAUAGAAAUUAUGCAAAAGGAAUUAUUAGAUUGGCAAAAUCAAUAUCAACAAGUAAAUGAACAAUUAAAAAUAGAAAAAAUGUAA